AUUACUACAGGGCAUCGACGUUAUUCGCAUUCGCACAUUCACGCCUGAGUCCUCAGUGCGUAAAUACACGCACCGUCAACUUACUUACUAAACAGCUAAAUGUGUCCGUUAAGUUUAAAAGUGAAAUUAAAAAGUGUAACUUAUGUAGAGUCGCAGGAGAGCGCUCUCUCGCAUACACAUGUGCGGUGAUUCACUACUGAAAAAAAAAACAUACCGAGGGACGGCGGAGAACGCGAGGCGAGUGACGCAGUGCCCCCGAGUCAUUGAUCCCGACUCGCUCCUGGAGUGUCGACGCGCGACAUGGCCGAGCCCUCGCGCGCGCUCGCGCCGCUCUUCCCGCCGCUCGCGCUGGCGGCCGGGCUGGCGUGCUGCGCCGGCGCCGCUGCCCUCGCCAACUGCGCCGUUCUCUCUGCGCUCCUCGCCCGCUCCAUAAACGGUCUCUCCGCAAUUAUAAUACAGUUAGCUGUUGCGGACCUCCUCCUUCUAGUUACCACAAUUGGGCCAGAAAUGUGGUCCUACAACUGCAGGUCAUGGAUUUUUGGAAACGGCGGUUGUGUUGCAUACCAAGGACUCAACGUGUUUGCGUCGACGGCGUCCUUGUAUUUAGUUACCACAAUAGCGUUACACGCUAUUGCUACGGUUAAUCUAGAAGUAAAAGCGGCAAGGUGGAAAGCUAAGAGAAGCACUCAAGAAGAAGAUGAAGAAAUACGAUCAUCUCGGCACAGCCUAGUAGCAGCCAGCAGCGACUCAUCGACGCCGCCUCGUACGAUGAAUGUGGACUACCGCCGGCUUACUGACACCAAGAUUUUAGUAACCCGGCCAAGUAUGUUUGUUUGGAUACUGUCUGCGUCCUUAAGUGUACCCGAGUUCACACUGGCCACAACAGUCCCUUUAGAAAAUGACACAAUCGUAUGCACUUUAAUCGAUUCUAAUCACAGAUUCUACAUGCAUUCAUUGAUUGCGCUAUUCAAUCUUUUCCUACCCAUCUUUAUUAUGACUUUGGCGUUUGCAUUAAUUGUUGUGCGGUUAAAGGCGCGAAGAACGCUAAGUGAAAUUAGUGAAGAAGUGGUGUCUGCGUUAAAAUUGUCUCUGUGCUUAAUCAUAGUGUUUGUCGUGUUGUGUGCGCCGCGAUCAAUUGUAAACGCGUAUUCGGUAUAUUCUGUCGCAGAAGAUAUGCACGACUCGGAAUCUCUGAUAGAGACAGUUAAGCAUUCCCUGCCUAGUGAUACGAUGACUGCUGUAAAUCUAUGGUUUAGUGCGACUUACUUACUUGCGCUAGUCUUACGACCUGUUUUGUGUAUAAUAUUGCUGCCAUAUUUGAAACAAAAGUUUACAUUCAGAUGUCGAACAAGUGAUGAAGAAAAUGUUUAA